CUUCAUGACGAUCGGUAUGCGCCGCGACGCAUGAAGGAAACUAACAAACAGCAAGAACGAAAGUAAGAUAGACCUUGCCAUACACGACACAGUACGGCUUUAAAUUCGCCGUUUUCUUAAUAUUUUACAGCAGAUGCCAGAUACUAUGGUCUACUAACCAGUUUCGUUUAAAUACACAUGGAUUACCUGCACUUGCUUUUGCUGCUUAUCCUGCAAUUUGAUGAUGCAGAUACACUGGAAUUAAAUGUUCAAGGCUCAGGUCCUCUGGUUGUUCCUCUGGGAGGUUCAGUGGUUCUGCCCUGCUAUGUUGAGGCACCCUUACCAGUGAACACAGAAAAGGUGGAAUGGAGAAAAACGGAUUCAGAGACUCUUGUUCAUCUAUAUAAAGAUGGAGAUAUUAGAGCAGAGGCUCAACAUCAGGAUUAUCAUGAUAGAGCUCAUUUCUUCACUGAAAACAUCAAACAUGGAAACUUCUCACUCCUGUUAAAGAAUGUGACAGCUGAAGAUGAGGGGGUUUACAGAUGUAAAGUUUACACUAAACAGGUUGCUGGCAAAACUUUGGUUGAAAUCAAGGAUGUUGAAUAUUUGAUAGUGUCAGGAUCAAGUCAGUCUAUAUUUGCAUAUUUGGGUGAGGGAGUCACUUUUAGCUGCUCUGUUAACUCGCACAUCCCAACUGAAGAGAUUGAAGAGGUUUCAUGGAAGAAAAGAGAUAAAGAUGAAGAAAUCCCAGUUCUGCUCUAUCAAAAUAAUGAAACUUUACCAGAAUCCUCAGAUGAGCGAUACAGAGACAGAGUUGAGUUCUUCACUGAUGAAAUCCACAGAGGAAACUUCUCUCUCAGACUGAAGAGAGUCAGAACUGAAGAUAAAGGAGUUUACAUCUGUCAAGUGUUUACAGGACGACUUUCAGCAAACACAGCUGUAAUAUUAGAGACACUGGGUUUCUCAGCUUCAGACAUAGUAGUGUUGCUUCUCUGUAGUAUUGCAUGUGGAUCAGCUCUUUUGUUGAGCUUUCUCGUCUACUGCACAUCAUAUAAAGGAUUUCUUCUUCAUGUUUGUCUUCACUUUAGCCCAAAUAUCGUUAUGCUAUUAGCUUUAGUCCUCUGGGGUGCUGCUGGAGCAUCUUUGUAUGAGACAGUGUCAUGCUGUAUGCUCUGUAUUUUGAGGCCUCUGAGGUUGUUUUGGAUUACACCGCAUAUUAACUAUUUUCCAGGUUGGUUCUUGUCUAUAUAAAUAUAUAUAUUAUAAUUUAUUACUUUUUUCAGUGAUCUAAUACGUUUUGAUUGUAUCUUAUUGCAGACAAAAUUAUGAAGUAUAUUAAGUCUUCAUAUGCUGAUCAGUAUUUUCCUGCUGUUAUGGUGGUAAUGUGUUCAGGUUGGUAAUUCCACAAUUAUGUAUAUCAUAAUAGUGAUUUUUAUGUAUUAGAAAAACUGUUGGUAUCAAAUUUUUAAUUGUUUGACACAAUUUAGACAUGUCUAAAGUAAGAUAAAAAUGUUAUGAAAAUCUCUUUUUUGUUCAUCCAUCAAUAAAUUGAAAAUAGUGCAUGUCAGUGACUUAUUUUUGUGGGUGCACGAUGCGAAGGUUGCCCGUCAUGUGUGUGGCUCGUCAUGUCAAAAUUUGUGUUUGGUGCGUCAUGUGAACCUCUGUGCAUCAUGAAUCGUGUCAAAAAAUAUAUGCCUGCUGCAGAUGCUUCUUGAAUUUGCCAGAUACUCGCUUAAUCUCAUGUGUAAUCAGUUCAGUGUUAAGUUAGUGUGAGUAUUUUGGGAAAGUGUGCAUCUCUUUUAGCAUAAACUCUUUUGGCACGUGUGCAGCAAGCACGUAUUCUGACAUGGUUCCCAUCACUCAACGAAACACAUAUUUUGACAUGUCGAGCCACACAGACACAUAUUUUGAAUUCUUGCCCCUCGGAAAAGAAGUCCACGGCCGCCACUGGUGCAUUUUAUUGUUUAUUCUCUGAACAUAUCAUACUAAAUAUUAAAUUAAAAAUGUUGUAUAAGAGGUAUAGUGCUUUGUUAAGUUGUG